AUGGUGAAGUGGAAUCCCGCGGCGGAGGCAGCCUUCAUCAACCUGAAGCAGGCCCUCUGUUCCAGGCUGGUUCUGGUGGCACCAGACUUCAAGAGGGAGUUCGUGGUUCAGACAGACGCUUCAGAGGUGGAGCUGGGGGCUGUACUCACUCAAGUGCAUGAAGGGCUGGCAGAUGCCAUGGCAAUGUGGACGCCCUAUCCCGGCGAGAUGCCCUUUUUCCCAACAAAGGGAGAAAAUUGCCAUAUUCUGGAAAACACAAAAAAUCCUUUGUUGUCCAAAGAUGGAGAUGUGAUAAUUGGAGCUAUCUUUUCAAUACAUCGUGGAACACUGAUGCAGUCACUGGCAUAUACUGAAAAACCUCAACCUUUAACCUGCAUUAGAUUUGACUUGAGUGAAUUCCGCAUUGCUCAGACCAUGACGUUUGCAAUUGAGGAAAUCAACAGGAGCAGCAGCUUGCUCCCGAAUAUCUCAGUUGGGUACAGGAUUUAUGACAAUUGUCUUUCAAGCUUGUUAUCUAUGCAGGCAGCCAUGGCUUUGAUGAAUGGUCAGGAGAUAACAGUGGAGGAUACAUGUUCUGGACAAGCAGUAGUGCAAGCUAUCAUAGGGGAGUCAGAAUCUACUCCUACUAUAGCACUUACAAAAACUACAAGACCCUUUAAUAUCCCCGUGAUAAGUCACUCUUCCUCAUGUGAAUGUUUGAGCAACAGAAAAGAGUAUCCCUCUUUAUUCAGGACUGUCCCAAGUGACUACUACCAGGGUAGAGCACUGGCAUAUUUGGUCAAGCACUUUGGCUGGUCAUGGGUGGGAGCUGUGUACAGUGAUAAUGACUAUGGCAACAAUGGAAUGGCAAUUUUCCUCAAUGCAGCUAAAGAGGAGGGAAUAUGUGUUGAGUACUCUGAGAAGUUUGACCGGUCAUAUCCUGCCAAAAUGAUUAAAGUGGCUGAAAUUGUGAAGAAAGGCACUGCCAAAGUAAUUAUUGUAUAUCUUUCCUACUUUGAUAUGAACCUUCUAAUAGAACAGCUUAUUCUAAAUAAUCUUACUGGAUACCAGAUGAUUGGUGUUGCAGGGAUUUCUGCUAUUGAUCUAUUAACACCAGCAAGUUACAGUGUAUUGGCCGGAACAAUUAGUUUUGAUGUGGGAAAAUUGAAAAUUAAUGGUUUUGCUGACUAUGCUGUCAAUGGAUUUUGGCAAACAGCACUCCCUUGCUUGCACUCAGAGGGAAACAUUUCUCAACCUGAAAACAACUGCAGUAAAUAUGAAGAUAUGAUUCAGUUUAAAAACUACAGUAACGAUAUACCAGAAGUGAGAUAUGCAAAUAAUGCCUACAAUGCAGUUUAUGCUGUGGCACAUUCUCUACACAGCCUGUUGGGAUGCACAGAAAACCAGAGUUGUGAGAAAAACAAAACAAUACAUGCAUGGCAGGUUAUUAAAUCUCUAAAAAGGGUAAAUUUUACCAGUAAAGUAGGAGACCAGAUUUGGUUUGACAGUACUGGGGCAACGGCUCCAAAGUACGAUGUGGUGAACUGGCAACGAGGGGUCAAUGGAGAAUUGCAGUUAAAGGCUGUGGGCUAUUAUGAUGCCUCUCUACCAAGUGGACAACAGUUUGUCCUAAAUGCUCAAGAUAUAGUCUGGGCUGGAGAGGAAAGAGAGCCAAGGUCUGUGUGCAGUGAGAGCUGUCCUCCAGGAACCAGAAAAGCUGCACAGAAAGGAAGGCCUAUCUGCUGCUAUGACUGUAUACCCUGUGCAGAGGGAGAGAUCAGUAACCAGACAGAUUCAAAUAACUGUGAGCAGUGUCCAGGAGAAUUUUGGUCUAAUGCUGUCAAAGAUAAAUGUGUGUUAAAGGCUAUCGAGUUUCUUUCAUUUACAGAAGUUAUGGGGAUAAUACUGGUACUUUUUUCUUUGGUUGGAGCUAUAUUAACUGUGUUAGUAGCUAUUUUAUUUCUAAUAGAAAAGGACACUCCCAUUGUUAAAGCAAACAACUCAGAGCUGAGCUUUCUGCUGCUGUUCUCCCUGGCUCUGUGUUUCCUCUGUUCACUUACUUUCAUAGGACCACCCUCUGAGUGGUCCUGUAUGCUGCGCCACACAGCAUUUGGGAUCACCUUUGUCCUCUGCAUCUCCUGUGUUUUAGGGAAAACAAUAGUGGUAUUAGUGGCCUUUAGGGCUACACUUCCAGGUAGUAAUGUCAUGAAAUGGUUUGGACCUCUACAGCAGAGACUCAGUGUACUUGCAUUCACUCUCAUACAGGUCCUUAUUUGUGUUCUUUGGUUAACAGUUUCUCCUCCUUUCCCAUAUAAGAACAUGAACUACUACAAGGAAAAGAUCAUAUUAGAAUGUAACUUGGGCUCAGCUCUUGGUUUCUGGGCCGUGCUGGGUUAUAUAGGAGUUCUUGCCUCCAUCUGUUUUGUUUUGGCUUUUCUAGCUAGAACAUUGCCAGAUAAUUUUAAUGAAGCUAAAUUCAUCACAUUCAGCAUACUCAUAUUCUGUGCUGUGUGGAUCACCUUUAUUCCAGCUUAUGUCAGCUCUCCUGGAAAAUUUACUGUCGCUGUGGAGAUAUUUGCAAUUUUGGCCUCUAGUUUUGCUCUACUGUUCUGUAUAUUUACACCUAAAUGUUAUAUUAUUCUGCUUAAACCUGAGCUAAACACAAAGAAAAAUAUGAUGGGUAAAAUGUCAUCAAAAGCACUUUAA